AUGGCGAUUCUAUCAGCAAGCUCUACUCUCGUGAGAGCUGCUUUAGAUACUCAGCCGAGACUCCGGUACAACCCCAAUGCGCCGCGAAACGUGAAGAGGAACCCUAAUUCUAGCUCCUUCGUCCCACCGUCUUCUCCGUCAUCAUCUUCUCCGGCGAAAAACUUAACAACGGGAACUGGCGUCGCCGUAUCAGAUUUGCUCAAACGUCCCGCAAGCAAAGAAAAUGAUGAUGAAAUUGAAGAUACUUGUAUCGGAUAUGAGAAAUGGUUUCCAAGUCCACCGAAAGUGGGGAAGCCUAGAUCUGUCUUCAAUGCUGCCUCGUUAGCUUAUAUAGGCGAUUCGAUCUACGAGAUAUAUGCUCGUCGGCAUUUUCUUUUCCCUCCACUGAGUAUUGAAGAAUAUAACGACCGUGUUAGAGCAGUGGUGCGAUGUGAAGCUCAAUAUGCCUUGCUGCAUAAGCUCCUUGAUGAUGAUUUCUUAACUAAAGAUGAAAGAGAUAUACUUCGAUGGGGCAAAAACGUAGGCUCGGUUAAAACACGGUCAACUAGACGUGCUGGUGUUGCGAUUUAUAACAAGGCCUCAUCACUGGAAACACUUAUUGGUUAUUUGUAUCUAGCAAACGGAAAGAGAUUGGAAGAAAUAAUGCAGAAGCUGGGAUUCUCAAGUGGUUCUUCGACGGAGAGAAUGGUUAAGGAGGCCAAGCUAAAUAAACUAUCAGCUUUUAAAUAA